CCUUGGGGUUUUUUUUUUUUUUUUCAGUUCCUCCUCCCUCUGCCUCCUUCAUAGCUGGAAUUUCCCCUCUGGCCAGGACCCCGCUGCUCACGCUCACCUCUUCCCUCUGACAGGGACCACAGCAGUGGGAAAGGGUCUCCAGGGAGACCAGAAGGAUGUCCUAUUUCAGCGAGCAUUUUUGGGGUGAGAAGAACCACGGCUUUGAGGUCCUCUACCACAGCGUGAAGCAGGGGCCCGUUUCCACCAAGGAGCUGGCUGACUUCAUCCGGGAGAGGGCCACCAUCGAGGAGACCUAUUCCAAGGCAAUGGCGAAGCUUUCCAAGCUGGCCAGCAACGGGACGCCGGUGGGGACCUUCGCGCCGCUCUGGGAGGUGUUCCGCGUGUCCUCGGACAAGCUGGCACUGUGUCACCUGGAGCUGACGCGGAAACUCCAGGACCUCACCAAGGACGUGUUACACUAUGGCGAGGAGCAGCUCAAAAGCCACAAGAAGUGCAAAGAGGAAGUGGUGGGUACCUUGGAUGCAGUGCAGGUGCUGGCGGGCGUCAGCCAGCUGCUCCCCAAAUCGCGCGAGAACUACCUCAGCAAGUGCAUGGACCAGGAGCGGCUGCGCAGGGAGAGCGGCAACCAGAAGGAAGUGGAUAAGGCAGAAAUCAAAACCAAGAAGGCGGCCGAGUGCCUGCGACGCUCCGUGGACAAGUACAACUCGGCCCGGGCCGACUUCGAGCAAAAGAUGUUGGACUCGGUGCUGCGCUUCCAGGCCAUGGAGGAGACUCACUUGCGCCACAUGAAGGCGCUGCUGGGCUCCUACGUGCACUCGGUGGAGGACACGCACGUGCAGAUUGGGCAGGUGCAUGAGGAGUUCAAACAGAACAUCGAGAACGUGAGCGUGGACAUGUUGCUCAGGAAGUUUGCCGAGAGCAAGGGCACGGGCCGGGAGAAGCCGGGAGCGGUGGACUUCGAGGCGUACAGCGCGGCCGCCCUGAAUGAAGCGAUGAAACGUCUACGGGGCGCCAAGGCCUUCCGCCUUCCGGGACUCGGCCGGAGGGAGCGCGAGCCGGAGCCGGAGCUGCGGGCAGCUGUGGAUUCACUGGAGCCCAACUCAGGGACCUGCCCCGAAGUGGAUGAGGAGGGAUUCACGGUGCGGCCGGACCUAUCACAGAGCAGCACGGCGGAGCCCUCGCGCUUCUCGUCCAGCGACUCGGAUUUCGACGACGAGGAGCCGCGCAAGUUCUACGUGCACAUCAAGCCCGCGGCCCGCACGCCCGCCUGCAGCCUGGAGGCCGCGGCCGCCCAGCUGAGGGCCACGGCGGGGACGCUGGUGCUGCCGCCCGGCGCGGGGGGCACCAUGAAGCGUCAUUUCUCACGUGAGGCAGCUGCGAAGCCGCAGAGGCCACGCUCGGCCCCCAGGACCAGCAGUGCCAGCUGCGCGGAGAAGGUGCAGGCCGACGAGCAGGCGCCCAAGAGCCUCUUCGGGCCUCCGCUGGAGUCGGCCUUCGAUCACGAGGACUUUACUGCCUCCAGCAGCCUCGGCUUCACCUCCAGCCCCUCCCCUUUCUCCUCUUCCUCCCCGGAGAACGUGGAGGACUCAGGCCUGGACUCGCCAUCACACGCGGCCCCUGGACCCUCCCCAGAGCCCUGGGUGCCUCGCCCGGGCACCCCACAGAGCCCGCCUGGAUGCAGGGUGCCACCCCCAGAAUCAAGGGGCUCGUUGGCCCCACCACCACCGCCGCAGCCCCCUGACUCCCCACAGCACCUUUUGCCUUCUCCAGGCCCCUGGGGGCUGGAGGCCGGGUCUGGGGACCCCACGCCACCGGCACCUUCUGUGCCUGCCAACCCCCCAGCCAGGGACAGUGGCCUGGAAGCCCCUACCAGGAGACCCCGCUCCAGGAAGGUGUCAUGCCCCCUCACACACAGCAACGGAGACCUGUCGCGGUCUCUGAGCCCAUCUCCCUUGGGCUCCUCCACCCCCAGCACCUGCCUGGAGCGGACGGGCUUCUCCCAGCAAGGGGCUCACGGGGUCUCCCGGGGCCCGAGCCCCGUGGUACUGGGUUCCCAGGACACUCUGCCCGUGGCCACAGCCUUCACGGAGUACGUCCACGCCUGCUUCCGAGGCCCCAGCCCCAGCUGCCUGGCUCGCGUCACAGGGGAGCUGACCAUGACUUUCCCCGCGGGCAUCGUGCGUGUGUUUGGGGGGACCCCACCCCCACCCGUCCUCAGCUUCCGGCUGAUCCACACGACCCCCAUUGAGUACUUCCAGCCCAACACGGACCUGCUUUACAGCGACCCCUCCCAGAGCGACCCUGAGACCAAAGACUUCUGGCUCAACAUGACUGCUCUGACCGAGGCCCUGCAGCGUCAGGCAGAGCUGAACCCCAACGCCUCCUACUACAACCUGGUGCUGCUGCGGUACCAGUUCUCCCGCCCAGGCCCCCAAUCUUUGCCACUCCACCUGAACGCCCAGUGGCAAUGCGGCCCAACGCACACCCAGGUUUCCGUGGACUACGGCUACCGGCCCGGUGCCACGGCCGUGCCCACGCCCCUCACCAACGUCCAGAUCCUACUGCCCGUAAGCGAGCCAGUGACCAACAUCUGCCUGCAGCCGGCCGCCACCUGGAACCUGGAAGAGAAGAGGCUUGUGUGGAAGCUUCCAGAUGUGUCCGAGGCCGGGGGCUCCGGCCGCCUCUCGGCCAGCUGGGAGCCGCUGUCCGGGCCCAGCACGCCCAGCCCCGUGGCAGCCCAGUUCACCAGCGAGGGGACCACCUUGUCAGGCGUGGACGUGCAGCUGGUGGGUAGCAGUUACCGCAUGUCGCUGGUCAAGAGGAGGUUUGCCACAGGGAUGUACCUGGUGAGCUCCUGAGGCCACGCCCCCACACUGUGGCCUGGUGCUCCCUGCCCACCCCGCUUCCCGCCCCUUGCCCACCUACCCCAGCUCCUCCCACAUCCCUCCUGGCCCGGCUGCACACGCGAGCCGGCCUUGGACUGUUGUUUGAAUAAA